ACAAUCCCAUAGGAUAGUGUUUUGCUUACUCUGAUAAGUUUUAUAAAAUUAACAGCCCUGAUUUUUGCACCAUGAUAACAGUUUGUUUACGUUAAUACUAAAACUAGGAAUGAAACCGAAAAACAGCAAUGAAAUGGAUUCCGGCUUUUUCGAAACGAACAUUGUUUAUAUAUUUCAUAUUAUUAUUUCUAUUAUAUUUAUUCUAUGUUUUGAAUACUUGUUUAGUUGACGAAAGAAAGUUUUCUCUGAAACGUUUUCUGCUGAAGGAACAUUAUUCAAAAUAUAAAAGUGCUGCAGUUCGUUUUGUUUCUCUGCUGGGCUUCAACACACAAGAUGCGACUGAUUACAAAUACCGUAGACUUAGAAAUCAAAAUGUAAUGCCAGUGAAACGAUUGCCUGAUGCAUUAAUUAUAGGUGUUAAGAAAUGUGGAACCAGAGCGCUUUUGGAGUUUUUAAGAUUACACCCAGAUGUGCGAGCCGCAGGUUCCGAAGUGCAUUUUUUUGAUAAAUUUUAUCAUAAAGGCUUUGAAUGGUACAGGGACAGAAUGCCACCAACCCUCGAAGGUCAGAUCACAAUGGAGAAGACACCCUCAUACUGGGUGACACGGACAGCUCCAAAGAGAGUGCAUGCCAUGAAUCCAGGCGUGAAGCUGCUGGCAGUUGUCCGGGAUCCUGUCACUCGGGCUAUUAGUGAUUAUACACAAUCGGCAAGUAAGACCCCCUCGCUCCCUCGUUUCGAGGAGCUGGCCGUAGUGAACGGCAGCUGGGGCGGGGCGGUGGCGGCGUGGUGGCCGCCCGUGCGGCUCGGCGUGUACGCGCGCCCGCUGCGGCGCUGGCUGCGCGCGUUCCCGCGCCAGCGCCUGCUGCUCGUCAACGGGGAGCGGCUGGUGGACGACCCUGCUGCGGAAAUGGCGAGGGUGCAGGAAUUCCUCGGCCUCAAACGAGUGAUCACCGAGAAGCAUUUCUACUUCAACUCCUCCAAAGGCUUCCCCUGCCUCCUGAAGUCAGAGAGCCGUUCCACCCCCCACUGUUUAGGCAAGACCAAGGGCCGAAGCCACCCCCAUAUCAACCCCGCCACCAUAGACACUCUAAGGGAAUUCUACAGGCCGUUCAAUAAGAAGUUUUACGAAUUAUCUGGUAUAAAUUUUGGGUGGCCUUGAAGUGUUGUGAUGUAUGGCUAUUGCCUUGGUAUUAAGGUAAUUUGUUCCUAAUUUAGUAACGAUAUCGUUUUAAUGUAGGUGCAGUUAUGAUGAUUUGCGCAUGGAAUAAUGCGGCAACAGCAGAAGUGUAGUCGA